UUCAAGGUUGUCACAUCGUUGUGGUUUGAAUAGGUUAGGAUUGUUCUACGAACUUUUCAUCAAACGAUAAUUACGAUACUUUAAAUUUAUUCGUUAAUUGGAUGAACUUCAUUGUUUACCGUUUUUCUCUUCCCUGUCAUGACUCGCAUCGGUAAAGUAAAUGUCCGGGACAAAGUCAAGUCUAUUGUGAUCAGAAAUUUGCCGACUUAUGUGGAUGAUAAACUACUUAAAAGUAUUGUUCCAUCGGCUAAAAAAAUCAGUUCACACAAGCGAACAUUUUCGAUUACAUUUUCCACCGUGGAGGGUUAUAAUGAUGCAUUAUGUCGUUUGAAAAAAGUCGACUUCAAUGGAGUUAAGCCAAUUAUAGAAUCUUCUUGUCAAUCUUUAAAAUCGAAAAGUGUUAUUCAGCCAGAAGAUGUUGAGUUAACUAUUCAAAACCUGCCUCAGUCGACUACACUAGCUCAGCUUAAAGUAGAAUUUCCUACAGCAGUGUCUAUAAAAUUAAGAACUGAUUUAUGGGAUAUACAGAAAAAGUCAUGUUUGCUGAAGUUUCAAUGUUCUGAGGAUCUUGAAGAUGUUUUCGAAGAUUGUCAUCAUAAAUUAAUUGGAGGUCAAACUAUUAAAGCUGUGAUUGGCGCUCAAUCAACUCUUCAUUAUGAAUCCUCUGGAGUUGACGAUACACAAGAUAUUUAUGGAAUAGAACUGGUUGCAGUAUCGCCAAAUAUUUCUAAUGAUAAAAUUCGUAAACAGUUUCCUGAAAAUGCUAUAGUUGAUUAUCAUUCAAUACCUAGUAAUGAUUCAGUCACUAGGAAUGUAUUUAUUCGCUUCAAAAAACAAGUAUUUAAUUGGCCACUUAUUAUGAUGUUAAAAAAGAAUGCAUUUAGCGGAUUUCCUUUUGAAUGUCGACCAUGGAAUCACCUUACAGAAUCAAUACGACAAGAUUUUAAGGUUGAAAAUAAUUGUGUGAAUAAAGGAGGUCCAGGUUAGUAGUUUUUUUAAUCUUACAUUAUCUCAAAAAGACCUUGUUUUCUAACCAGAGCGUAUUCAGUUGGUGAGUUUCUGAGCCUAAAUCAUCUGAGGUCCUUGGGUUACAUGUUUUACUCGUGUUUAGCUAUCAUUUACGCUUGCAAUCUGUCCUAUCCUGCGUAAGUGAUUCAAAAAACGUCAAAGGAAGGUAGACCAGAAUAUUACUUCAUUCUAUUAAGUUAUUGACUUUCGGUCACAAUCGUGUCGACACAUUUAGUUCUAUUUGGUGUGGUUUCAUCGAUAUCUGUAAUUUAAAGUUAGACUUUGGUAAACAUGUCUCGAAAUUAAUCUACACAAACUUUUUGUUCCUCUCAAAAUCUUGAACACACGACCAUUACAUACUGUUCAUUCAUUUAUAUUAUCCCUCAUUUUAAUUUUAUUGUUUUUGGUUAUCAGUUACUGUUUGGAUUAUACUUUUCAGUACUUACUUAAUAUCUUUUGUUAAUUUUCACUCAGUUUGAAGACGUGAACUAUUGUAAAUUCACGUCAGAUAUUACGUUUUCAUCUGGGUGUUUGUCUAUUCUAUGUAGACAACAACGAAUAAAAGUACGUAAAUAAUCUUGAGCUAUAUUUUGCCAGCAUUGUAUCAAAUAAAUGCAGCCCAUCGACUCCCGGCUAUCGUGGGUAACUACAAACGUGACAAGUGGCACUGGAUUUCUCCAUGAACAUGAUACCAGUAGUGUCCAGGGAAACUUCAGAACGUACUGUCAGUUUUUUAAGCUUUUUUGGGAGCCACUGUUUUGGCAAAAGUGUCAGUAUAACGUUCCAUCUGUUGUGAUAACCCUACUAUGAACAAUGGUCUAUCUACUAAUUAUCCGAAAGCAAACCAUAUAUUGUGUUGUCCAUGUAGUGCCGAACGUUCUUCGAAGGGUAAUAAUACUGCAUAUCACGA